CUUGGACACGACAGCCCUGAUGUCGUUGCCAAUGAAUUCGCUGUACUCGCUCACCUGGGGCGAUUACGGCACGAGCCUGGUAUCGGCCAUACAAUUGUUGCGCUGCCAUGGCGACCUUGUCGAUUGCACUCUGGCCGCCGGGGGACGCAGUUUUCCGGCCCACAAAAUAGUGCUCUGUGCCGCCUCGCCGUUCCUCCUGGAUUUGCUAAAGAACACACCAUGCAAACACCCUGUAGUAAUGCUGGCCGGCGUCAAUGCGAACGACUUGGAGGCACUGCUUGAGUUCGUCUACCGUGGCGAAGUGAGCGUCGACCAUGCCCAGCUGCCCUCCCUGCUUCAGGCUGCCCAGUGCCUGAAUAUCCAGGGACUGGCGCCUCAAACCGUCACCAAGGACGACUACACCACGCACUCGAUCCAGCUCCAGCACAUGAUACCCCAGCACCACGACCAGGACCAGUUGAUAGCGACCAUUGCCACGGCCCCCCAGCAGACGGUUCAUGCCCAGGUUGUCGAGGACAUUCACCACCAGGGACAGAUUCUGCAGGCGACCACCCAGACCAACGCAGCGGGACAACAGCAAACGAUUGUGACCACGGAUGCGGCAAAGCACGACCAGGCGGUAAUUCAGGCCUUCCUGCCGGCACGGAAACGGAAACCCAGGGUCAAGAAAAUGUCACCUACGGCUCCGAAAAUCAGCAAAGUUGAAGGAAUGGAUACGAUUAUAGGCACACCGACCUCAUCCCACGGCGGCGGUGGAGUGGUGCAACAGCAGCAAGUUCUUGGCGAGAACGGAUCCGAGGGCCAGAUGCUCACGUCGACGCCUAUCAUAAAAAGCGAAGGGCAAAAGGUGGAAACGAUUGUGACCAUGGAUCCGAACAACAUGAUACCGGUAACGUCGGCCAACGCGGCCACAGGCGAAAUCACGACGGCAACAGGCACCACGGGCACGUCCGGAGGUAAUUCAAGCGGUACGACAUCCACGCCAAAGACCAAGCGGACCAAACACCCGCCCGGGACAGAAAAACCUCGCUCUCGCUCUCAAUCGGAACAACCUGCUACGUGCCCCAUUUGCUAUGCUGUCAUACGUCAGUCGCGGAACCUGCGGCGCCAUCUCGAGCUGCGGCACUUCGCCAAGCCUGGGGUGAAGAAGGAGAAGAAAAGUAAGUCCGGUAAUGAUUCGACACUAUACACCAGCGCCGAGCUGAACACCACAACAGAGGGCGACACUACUGUGGGAGAAGGAGAAGGUGGCAGUGGGGCCGGCGGUGCGCAGCAGUCAGCAUCCAGUGGCAAAAAGUCGGGCAGCGGUACCUCCGGUUCGGGUUCGGGAUCGGGCUCUGGUUCGGGUGGGAGUGCAGCGCUGAGCUCGAGUGCAGGAGGAGUCCCCCAGGUACAGACGGUGCAGUCCCUGCACACGCUGCAAGGUGUGCAGGUGAAGAAAGAUCCCGAUGCCCAGCAACAACAGCAGCAGCAGCAACAGCAGCAACAACAGCAGCAGCAACAGCAGCAGCAACAACAACAACAGCAGCAGCAGCAGCAACCGACAAUGACAGUGACCACCACCUCGUCGGGAGGACAAGUGCAGCAGCAGCAACAGCAGCAGCAGCAGCAGGUUCAGGUGCAACAACAGCUUCAGCAUCAUCAGAUCAUAGACUCGUCCGGCAAUAUAACAACGGCCACGACGAGUGCCCAGGCGGCGGCAGUGCAGCAACAGGCGGCCGGUCAGCAGCAGCUGGUGGCCCAGGCGGCGGACGGCAGCGAGAGUGGGGCGCCGAUGUCGAUUGCCCAGGUGCAGACCCUGCAGGGGCAUCAGAUCAUAGGCAACUUGAAUCAGGUGAAUAUGACUGAUUUCCAACAACAGCAGCCACAGCAGCAGCCACCACAACAGCAAACACAACCCCAACAGACGCUCUGAUCGGACAAGACCGAAACGUAGAAUCUAUUAUUAUAAUCUGUUCUACUCGUAUAUAAACUGCUUGCGUAGUUCAUUUCUAAACGAAGGGAAAGUCAAAACUGGCUCUCGAUGGACGGCCAGGGGCGGGUCUGUCCCCGCUCUUGCCGUACACCACGAGCCUCUAGCUAUUACCAUUUUGUUGUACAAUUCAAUGACCUUAAUUGUUGAUUUCGCUCUACCUACACAUACCUAUUUAGUUUCGUUGCUAGAUUUAUGUUUAAGUGCGCUAUGGUUAUCGGAUAUGGUUAUCUGCAUAUUGCUAUAUUAAUUCUGGAUACUCGUAGUUUGAUCCACGUCCCAAUGCUAGAGGUACGCUAGUCAGACUCUGAAACCCCCUGAAAACUUGCAAUAUUGCGUAGUGUGUCUCUUUCAUAAGGUGCUCCUGCUCAGCGCCAGCGCCAGGGCUAGCGAUAGCGGUAGCUCUGCCUGUCCUGAGCAGCAGCACCUUGGCUUUAAAGUUUAAACCAAUUUAGUUAAAUAUUCGUACUGUAUUUACAUAGAUAGCUUAAAGAUUUUUAAAUAAUCGUUUCAAGAGAGAAUGUGCUUGUAUAAGAGCUCGCCCAAUUCGGUGGCCCAAUCGUGUCUGUGUCAAUCAACCAAUCAACCAAUCAAAAGGCCUUGGCUUUGACGUUUCCCUGGUUAAGAACUAUGCGCUCUAAUUGUAAUCUUAAACCCAACAAAUUUUUUUUAUAUAUGUAGUAUACAUUCAUAUAUUUCCUAACUUUAAUAGUUGAACAUUUUUGUUUGAACCUUAGAACCCUUGAUCCUUGAACCCCCCAGAGCUCGUUCAGAUAGAUGGAGUGCCUCCUGAAAUUAUGAUUUAAUUGUGUAAAUUUGAGCGCCACGAGAAUGUUCCAUCUAUCUGGAAUUUGUAAACCUAUUUUUAGUCUUUUUAAAUACUUAAAUAAAAU